AGUAAAAAGCUGAGAAUGGACGAAGCUCCACCAUCGCGUGUACUCCACAUAAGGAAGCUACCCAAUGAAACCUCAGAAACUGAAGUCAUUGCCCUUGGGUUACCUUUUGGAAAAAUUACUAACAUCCUCACACUGAAGGGAAAGAAUCAGGCAUUCUUGGAGAUGGGGACAGAGGAGGCUGCAAUCACUGUGGUGAACUACUGCAAUACUGUAACUCCGCACAUCCAUAACGUUCCCGUCUUUAUUCAGUAUUCCAAUCACAAAGAACUAAAAACUGAUGCUGGCAAUCAGCGGACCCAAGCGGUUCUUCAGGUGGUGUCAGCAGUCCAGUCUGGUGGCUCAGCCGGCAUAGAGGUGCAGGAGGUUCUCACUGCAGUUUCCAGUCCUGUGCUGCGCAUUAUUAUUGACGACAUGUUCUACCCUGUGACACUGGAUGUACUGCAGCAGAUUUUCUCCAAGUUUGGCACAGUCAUGAAGAUAAUCACCUUCACCAAGAACAAUCAGUUCCAGGCUCUUCUGCAGUUCAGUGAUUCAGUCAAUGCACAACAAGCAAAACUGGCACUGGAUGGUCAGAACAUCUACAACUCAUGUUGCACGUUGCGUAUUGACUUUUCUAAGCUGGUCAACUUAAAUGUUAAAUAUAACAAUGAUAAAAGUCGUGACUGCACACGACCUGAGCUCCCAGCAGGUGAUGGCCAACCCAGUCUUGAUUCUUCUGCGGCAGCAGCCUUCAGCAAAGACUCCAACUCCCUGCUCGGUAAGAUCCCAGGAACGUUGAGCCCUCUGAGUGCAGCUGCUGCUGCUGCUGGGGUGGCCCUCACUGGACAGACUGGCACUUGUGGGGUCCUGUUGGUUAGCAGCCUUAACAAGGAGAUGGUUACGCCCCAAAGUCUCUUUACCCUAUUUGGAGUAUAUGGGGAUGUCCAGAGGGUGAAAAUCCUUUUCAAUAAAAAGGACAGCGCACUCAUUCAAAUGUCAGACUCCAACCAGGCACAGCUAGCAAUGAGCCAUUUAAAUGGACAAAAGAUGUUUGGAAAGAUCAUCCGAGUGACUCUGUCAAAGCAUCAAUCAGUCGCACUGCCUCGUGAUGGCCUGGAUAACCACGGCCUGACCAAGGACUUCACCAACUCCCUACUACAUUGCUUCAAGAAGCCUGGAUCCAAGAACUUUCAGAACAUUUUCCCACCCUCAGCCACUGUGCACCUGUCUAACAUCCCACAAGAUGUGGCUGAAGAUGACCUACGGCUCCUGUUCUCCAACACUGGAGGCACUGUGAAAGCAUUCAAGUUCUUCCAGGAUCCUAAAAUGGCUUUAAUCCAGAUGUCAUCUGUGGAGGAAGCCACCCAGGCUUUAAUUGACCUUCACAACUACAAUAUGGGAGGCAACCAACAUCUGAGAGUUUCCUUCUCCAAGUCCACUACGUGCUGA